AUGGCAAGAAAGAGUCAGUUUUUUUUUCUUGUUGAAGUGAAAAAAUGAAAAAUUUUCAGAUGGACAAAAAGGCUUCCAACAGAAGACCCUCUCCUUCGCUCGUAAGUUUUUUCAAAAUUUGACUUAUGGCUUUGAAUUUAAACUUAAAAAACCUUGAUUACAAAUAAAUUUCAGGCCGGGUCAGCGAAACUCAGCGACAACAGGCCCAGCAAAGUAAAUUUUAUUUUUUUUCGAUUUUUUUAUUGGAAGAAAGUUUUUCAAACUUCAUCAACGGUUCAUUUUCAGACGAACGCCGUGGCGCUCCAGCCGUCGCCAGGAACCCCGUCGUUGCGCGGAACCAACCUGUCGUUGCCGGUAAGUUGUCGGAAUCAGCACUGUUUGUAUAAAAUCCAAAUAAACUCGUUGAGAAGUGAUGAAUCCUUAGUUACAUUAUUUAAACUUUCAGAUUUCAAUAUUUGUUUUUUGAUUCAACUUCCACUAUUUUCAGCUGUGCUGCCAGCCCGUGGAGGUGGCGCUCCUCGUGGAGGGAGAGCCGGCGCAGGCGGUCGUGGAGGAGUCCGUCGCAGUGCGCGUUUUGCAGUCCGUGCCCCAGCUGCUUCUGAUGAACCAGCAGCAGUUGAUUUUGGUGAUUAUUCAGAAAUCUCAUCUUGAAAAAAUAUCCUUUUUCCUGAAGCGCAAAAACCUGGUGGGACAUGCAAUUUCCCGAUAAAAAAUAAUUCCCGAAAAAAAAUAAGUGUACUAUGAUUCAAACCUUCAGAAGUUAGAGUUAACCCUAAUUUACUAAUAUUGUUUUUUUUCAACCGAGAUUAAUGAAGAUUUCUGUAGUUGUUUUUUUGAAGCAACAGCUUUUGCUAAACUUUCUAUUGAAACUUUUUUUGAGAAUUUAAAUCAGCUAAUCUUUAAAAAUUCAGCCGAAGCCGUAGAACCGGAGCUUGAGAACCUCGAAGGAAUCGUCGCUGUAAACGGACCAAUGGAACCUGCCGAAGCUUCCAUCGUCAGCAGGCCCACGUCUGGCGAAAACAUUACCAGUAAGUCACUUUGUAGAUUCCGCGUUGAAGUCAAACAUUCUGGAGCAUUCUUUCCAAAAGUAAAAAGCUUGAAAUCCGAAUGAAUUUAAAUCAGAUGAACUUUCAUGAAAUACGAAGUAAAAAAAACUCAAUCAGUUCUCGAAAAAGGAUGAAUUCUCUCACUAGUUUUAACAAAUAUUCUUUUUUCAAGUUCACGAGUUUGAUUCGAACUUUCACUUUACAAGUUUCAGCCGUCGCCUCGCAGGUAGACAGCUCGGAGAACCUCACUUCUUCCGGACCAGUCAACAAGCGUCCGAAGGUGGACAAAGGCACUUCGCCCUUCGGUAGGUAUUUCAGCUUUACGGCGAGAAGUUUCUUGAGAUCAGCAUUUUUUAAAAUUUCAAUGAUUCUUUAAAACUCCAAUGAUAAGAUUCUGAAACUAGCUUUUCAGUCUAGAAAUGCAAUAUCUUUCAGCUCCGCCAAGAAAUCCCGCUUCUUUGGCUGUUCCACAUCAUUCCGCAAUGAAUGAAGGCGACGUCGUUGUUGAACUGGCGCCCAACCAGCCAAGUAAGAUUUUCUGAAAAAUUUCGAAAAAGAUGAAUAAAGUUAAGAAUAUCAUUAUUUCAUCAUCCAUUUUCAUUGCAGAUCUGUGGACGCCUCCUCCCUUCAUUUUCCUCAACGGUCGCCGCUACCGCCUUGAAUCGGUUGACGUCGGAAUUGAAGAAGGCCCGACGGUUGCAGCUGAAGCUGACUCGAACUCUUCUACGAUGAGUGCGUUUUAGAAAAAAAUAUCAGUAACAGAAAAAAAUUAUAUAUCAAACCAGUCAGUCAAACAAAAAAAUCUAAAGAGUCAACUUUGUAGUCUUCGUUUCACUCUGAUUUGAAAAGGUUCAGGGACGAAUGUCAACUCCUCGUACGUGGUUAGUCCGGCCGUCACUCCAACGACUCUCGCCAUUAUGGCGGGUGAGUUGCUACGAAAUUAUCAAAAAGAAGAUUUCCUUCAUAUUCAGUUAUUCUCAAACUUCAAAAACUUUAGAAGACUGUCACAAAAAAAUUUGAGAAUACGAAAAAAACUUUUUUUGGGAAUCUGUGAAAUAUUUUUUUGAACAUUUGAUAUUUUUUUGAAACUUAAAAAAAUUAUUUUUGAGAUUUUUAAUUCCUCAAUGAAUAAUGAUUUCAGAACGAGCCGCCAAUAUCAACGCCCAGAACACUUCUGCUGCUCCACCUGCUGUGGCCACCCAGGACCACGGCAGGCAGAGUCAAGCCUCUCUGGCGACAGCAACUCGGUCGACUCGUGAGUUUUUUUCGAGAGUUCAUUAAAUAAUUAGAAACUGAAGUAAAAUAUGUUUUUCUUCUAAUGUGAAUAGCGCUUUUUUUCGGAGCUUUUUCUGAAAAAUUCAAAAAAAUUAACAUGAAAAAUUUUGAGGUUUUAUUCCAAUUCUUAUAAGUUCAGGUACUGACUUCAGCAGAUCGACCGUCGACAGUCCGGCAGUUUCUCCGGCGACUCUGGCUAUUUUGGCUGGUGAGUUGCCUCAAAACGUUGAAACGUUUUUUUAUAUCUAGUUAUUUUUUUCGAACUUUUGAAUCUUUCAAAAACUAUCAUGCAAUUUCGAGAAGAGACUUUUUUUCUUCAGAAAAAAACUUUCAGUCUUCGAAAUUUUUUUGGAACUCAAAAAAAUUAGUUUGAAAUUUUUCAAGAUUCUUCUUUUUAAUAAAAAAACGUUAUCAGGACGAAUGGCGCGCACGAACGCCCGAAUCGCUUCGUCUGCUUCACCUGCCGUGACCACCCAGGACCACGGCAGGCUGAGUCAAGCCUCCUUGGCGACUGUUCCUUGGUCGACUCGUGAGUUUUUCGAAUGUUCAUUGAAAGAUCGAAAUCUGAAAUAAAAGAUUCUCCUUCUUUUGUGAAUAGCGCUUCAAAUGAAAACUUGACCUCUUCCUGUUUGAAAUUCAUCAGAAACUUUGGAAUUCAGAGCGAAGCUCCAACGGCAACGUUACCGCCGGAAGUGUCAGCACGGGAGUCGGAAGUGUCAGCACGGGAGUCGGAAGUGUCAGCACAGGAGUCGCAAGUGUGGUGGGAUCACCUGCCGACGUCUCACGAGUCGCCGGCAGGCCCAACUAUUUCUCUUCGGUCCUCACAACUGUCUCGACCGGUGAGUGGCUAGACAAUCUCAACAUUUCAAUUUGAAAACUCAGAAUAUGAAACAACCUUUUCUGAAAAUCUUACUAUGAGUGCACCUUACAUUUCUUCAGAAAAAAAUAUAGUUUUUUUAGAAACUGAAAUUAUUUAUCUCAUUCAGAGAAAGCUUCAUUUGAUAUUUUUAAUUCACAUCAACAAUAUUUUGUUCAAUGUAAUGAGAUUUCGAAAAGAUUCCAAAAAACAAAAUCUUCAGAUUCUGACCGACUGACGUUUCCGGCAAUGCCCGCCGUGCUCAAUUUCGAUUCUCCUGGUAUUUUCCGGCCUGAGUUCCAAUCAAACAUUUCGGUUUCAGAAUCGGUCACUGUCUCGGUUGCUGCCAACAUCUCUGAAAUCGACAGUUUGCUUGGAACACCUGCCGACUCUUCCCAAGAAAGCGGCAGGCCCAGUCAAGAUUCUGCAGUUUCUUCGAUUUCCAGCGGUGAGUUGCUUGGAACUUGCAGCAUUGAGAAGCAGAACCUCAAAAAAGCUGUUUUUUCAAACAUCUAACCUAUACGUUUGAUUUCUUAAGAUCGUGUAAAUUUUCCUACGGAUUUGAGUAGUCUAAGCCAGAAAUAUCAGAAACAUCUGGAGACAAAGAAUGAAAAUGAAUAAUCAUUUUAACAAACAGUUCUAUCAGAGAGAUCAGUUAUUUGACUUUGUCCUGAAACUUGUAAAAUUGCAGUUUUUUUAAUUAGAAAAGUUUGAAUAGAAAAUUUCAAACGCACUGAGACGCAUUAAAAAGUUUUUUUCCAGUUCAAUUAGAAAGUUCAGAAAAUACGCAUAGAAUUUUUCAGUUAUGCCGAUUUCUCCUCUUCUUGGCUUCACUCCGGUGGAAACAGUCCAGUUCGUUCCAAGAAUUGAUGAUCACCCGAACAUCAGUAAGUCGAGUUUUCUUUCAAUUAGUUCGAUGAUUCUCUUUUGAGAAAUUCGAGAUGUUAAUUUUAAAACUUGAAGUUCAAAGUUUACUAUGUAACCUUUUCGAAGUAUCUUACUUUCAGUAAUGAAUAGGAGUUUUCAGCUAAAUUCGAAAACUGGAAUAAUUUUUUAAAAAUUGAAAACUCAUACAGCAAGCCUUUGAUUAAUCGAAACUAUUUCCUAGAUUUUGAACUUUCAUUUAGAUUUUCAAAGUUGUUUUGCAAUCAUUUCUUGCAUUCGAAGAUUUUUUUUUCAGCGCCGCGUCUGGAUCCGGAGCUGCCGAUGCCUCUUCCCACGUUUGAAGCUUUUUCGCAACACGAGCCUAUCAACUUCACUAUUCUUAACAAUCGCGGUAUCUAUUAUUUUAGUAACGCAAUACAACUUCUCUAUCAAUAUUUCGAAUGAUUAUACAUCAGGAUCUUUUGUUCGGAAUUCCUUCUCACAUGGAAAAAAUUUUCUCAAAAUUUCACCAUUUGAUACUUUUUCGUAUGAACAUUGAAAACGCAUGACAUUCAAUGAAAACAAAAUUGAGAAGUGGUAACCACAUUUUCCACAUUUCAGAGUUGUCAAAAAGUUUUCGAAUUUUGCAAACGGUGUCAAUUUCGAUCUGGAUAAUCGAGAAAUUUCCAGAAACCCGCGAUGAAAUUGGAACGGGAGUCGAUGAACUGCGCAUUCCAGCAGAACGCCGUCGGCCUCCGCUGAACGUCACUUUUGGUGAGAAUUUCUUUUCAGAUCAUCCAGCUAUGUAUUCACAAAGUAGACAAUUUCAUUAACAAAAAAAUUCAAUUUGAAAAAAAUAAGGAUUUCAAAAAAAUCCAGAGACUCUGGUUUGAAAGGAAAAUUCUCAACUCACGUCGAAAUAUUUUUGCUGAAUCAAGAAACAAUAUGAAGCUUAUGACCUUAGGACUUUUAAUUUCAAAAAUCAAUAUCGUGAAAACAAAAGAAUCAUUAAACAAUUUACAGGAAUGACUGCGACCAGCAACGACGCACUUCACUCGGUCAGAGCGCCAUUCUCCUCGCCUCUUGCUGAAGAGUCCCCGCGCGGCCAGUUGGACACUGACAACGCUGAAUUGAUUGAGGUAUUUUUAGAAAAAUCAUUUGAGAUAAAUCAGAUCAAAAGAAUUAUGAGCGCCGGUGGAAAAAAAGUUUGGCAAAAAAUUUGAUUAUGAACCGCUAGAACGCCUUGAAGAACUUGAAAAGUUUUUUUUUUGGCACAAGGUAUUCCAAAAUUUCAAAUUUCCUGAAAAACUGAGUACUGCGGUAUCUAACACAACAAAUUUUGUUGAAGUCUUCACUUUUCUUCAGUCUUUUUAUUGAUCUAUUCACUUUCAGCCGCAAGCUGAUAUUGACGAAGAGACCGCCGCUGAUCGCCAAGAAUAG